AUUCAACCAACCCAGAAAGUGAUGGGGAACGAAGCGAGCCGGGCUGUGGACCUGUCGCCAGGGCCGUCGUCGUUAGCGGCACCCUCUUCUUCGGGCAUGUCGGCGCCAAUGGGAUCCAUUCGAAGGAUGGACAAGGUGAUUCGGAAGAAGGUUCGCGGGGAGAUAACGUACAACAUGAAGCUGUUGAUCCGUGGCGAGCGCGGGACUGGGAAAACGUCGUUGGUAGCACGAUUGCAGGGUUUGCCGAUCCCAGAAACCCACGUGCCCACAAGAGAGAUCGAGACGGCGUCCAUCAACUGGAGCAUGAAGGGCAGCUCGGAAGAGAGCGUCAAGUGCGAAGUGUGGGACGUGGUGGACGUUGGGUUGACGUCCAAGGACGACUCGGACGCCGCGGACGCGGCCAUGUUGGACUCGGAAUCGCAGGGCCGACACCAAGUGGCCCCCGUGGAUGCGCAAAACGUCGACGUGUACCAGAACGCCCACGGCGUGAUCUUCCUCAUGGACAUCUCCAACUACGCGAGUCUCGAGUAUGUCAAGCAUCAGCUGGACAUGGUGCCCAUUCACAUCCCGACGUUGAUCAUCGGCACAUUCCGCGACUUACGACGUGCAGACGGCGAGCCUCUGAAGCGCGCGAUCUUCAAGGAGGAUGUCCAAGCGCUGCUGUAUGGCACGGCCAAGGACAUGAAGAACCCCGCGUUCCGUCGGCCCGUCGAGCAGCAUUACUUUGAGGCUUCGCUUAGCAAUUGCUACGGGCUCAAGGCGCUGCACACGUACUUGAGCAUUCCGUUUCUGCAUCUCAAGGUGGCCACGGUCAAGCAGCAGCUCAAACUGCUCGAAACCGACUUGGCCACCGCCAAACUCAAUGUCGACACGACCAUCUCGACCCAAAAGUACAGCCACUUUGUGCACACGAUAGCCGCAGGCGCCGACAUUCGAACUGGGCGCCGCCACGUGUCUAGUACUACUACUAGUAGUACUAAUCCUAGUAGUCGCCCGGCGUCGGCGUCAACUACUACUACGACGACUGCAACUACCAAUCCGACGCUCGGUGCAGGAGGCGACUUGGACGACGAUGCCACCUCGACGGAUGCCGAGCCGUCUACCCCUCGACCUCGAGACCCUCGGCCGCCAUCGCCGCCAACUCCGACGCCGCUGCGUGGACCCGCCAUGCCAGACAUGGACGACGACGACGAGGACGGCGGUGGUGCCGACAGGGGACGAGCUGACCGUGUGCAAGAGGAUGAGGCCACGGCACGGAAUGUGGACCAUGUUGACGACGACGACGACCUGCCGGCGCGCGGUGCGGACGACGUCGAACCGGAAGCGCCGAGUCCUCUGCGCACCGAACACAUCCAAGUGAAGCCGUCCCAUACCAGCACAAGCAGCAAAAAGAAGGACAACCUCCCCCUUCCCCCAACUCCAUCCUCCCCCCCUUCUUCUUCCACCGGUCGUCCUACUCCUCCCCCCGCUCCUCCAUCAUCAUCAUCAGCGUCCAAUGCUGGAAAGGCAUCGGCGGCGGGCGGUGCGAGGCGCCGGUCGUGGGAUAAAGCAGAGACGUUGGAGGAUUUCACCGUGUCGACCGACAUGGACCGGUUCUAUUCCGACGCCAGUUCCAACGACGACGACGACGACGAGGAUGUGGUGGUGCGCACGUUGGGGCAGCAGCCGCGAGUCUACCGCAAACAAGACUUUCUCUACAGCGACUCGUCCUCCGACAGCGACGACGACGACGUGGAGGUACCGCCAGAUGUUCCGGCGUACGUUUCGGUUCAACAGGUCGCCCGCCAGUCCACGCGACCGCCGCCGCCGUCUCUACCUCCGCCGGCCAUCGUCGUUGUAUCAGACAAGCAACAACCACCAACGUCCCCCCCGCCCCCACCAUCGACACGAUCGCCUACCAAGGCGGGUCUGCAAGCAGAAACCACCCCCACGCCCCUCAACGACGACGGCGACGACGAGGGCAUGGACGACGUGACGCAGACGAAACCACGGUCGAGUGACUCGGAGGCUAAACCGGUCACGCGACCUCACUCGAAGACCCGCCCCUUGGUCGUCGAGUCGGACGACGACGACAAGCCCGACGUUGUCAUGUCGUCAUCCCCUGCUUCCGUGACCCGAAAACAAGAGUCCAGUAAUGAUUCAAACCAGAGUGACACCGAUGACAGCAUCGCGCAUGCGACAACGCGCGCCACAAGCCCCUUGUCCCCCCCCGCGGCAGCUUCGAACCAACGACCGCCCCCCGUCGUCGAUUCUUCGGAUGCUGAGGCGUCGCCUUUGCAGCCAGAUGAUGCGGACGAGGGCGGGACCGUGGAGGACGAGCUUGCCGCCGACUCGCGACCAGCGCCUUCCCCUCCUCCUCACCUUCCCCGUCGAGAAGCAGAGCCUUUGGUCUUAUCACCGCAACAUGGAAAGGAUCAUGCAAAAGACAACGAGGAGCAGCUUUCGAGUGAUGACGACGACGAUGUGUUCUUGGAUGUAAUCUUGGACGACGACAAUGAGGACGAGGAUGUGCCACCGCUUGCUAACCACCACCCGUGUGACUCUCCAGAGUCGAGUGACAGCGACGUACCCGACGACAUCACUCACACCGCAAAGCACUUCGCACAACUCCCGGUCACUCGAACGAAAGGGGCGCAGCUUCCAGCAACACCUGUAGCAACGAUUCCCGUCUCGACCACCUCCACAAUGCCGUCGCUGACUGUGCUCAACGUGAUGUCGUCGACACCAGUCGACGUCGUGCCGCCCGUCAUAACGUCACCCGCGCGGUCGUCUUCGUCGUCGUUCAAGGCGACCACCCGGCCCAUAAAGACCCGCUUGCACAUGGUCGAUUCUGACAACGACCUCAGCAGCAGUCCCGUGGCUGCCACUUCAAAGGCGAUGCUUCCAUCAACCAGCGGCGACCACGAGUUUGUCGUCGAAAAAUCCUCGUCGUUCUGGAGUGAUGACGAUGAUGAUAAUGACGAGGACGAGAAGGUGUUUGUCGGGAAUACAAACAGCCCAGCAGUGGGUCGUAAUGCCGCCACCACCGCCACCGCCGCCCGGCCUUUCAAGCCAACAGCCGCUGCCGCGCCUCCUGCCGCCGCCGCCACCGUGCCCCUGAAUGCCAGUGUACUCGCCGCCAUCGAACAAGCCCGACGCGCUGCGUUGGAGAUGCUCCCAAGCACUGCUACUAUAUCAACCCCAGCAUCUUUUGGCUCUAGGGGAGGGGUAUCGGACGAGGAGGUGGCGCUGCCGACAAGGAAAGUCAAAGCCGACAAACCGAAAAAGAAAAAAGUAGGUGCCUCGUCGACCAAAAAGACAAGUAGGAAAAGUAGUGCCAGUCGGAUGCACGUGGUAGCCAGCGACGAGGACUAACACGUUUGAUAAAGCAGAGUAACAACUAGUUUUGUCAAAGGG